GUCCGACGUCAGUUUCAAGGUCGGCUCGAUGGAAAUCUCUGCACCCAAAGAGCAGCAAGUGAGUGGAGGAAGCUGCCGGAUCGAAAUAGAAGAAACUCCGAACUACAAUUGGUCCAACAUACGGCAUAAUCGCAAAGAUUGCUCGACGGCAUCGGAAGCAUGCUUCAACGUGGCCAAACGGUGGUUGACUGAUUGCACUACCACACAUAUGCCAUGCUCACUUGCGGGAAAUUUGCGCAAGCUCGAACGUGGCCAAUUUACGCCUCGGCGCCUUUUGAAGUUGUUUACCGAUGGUGACAAAACCUGCUUACAGCUACUGAGUGACGCGAAAGCCAUAGGUUUUUGUGUCUGAGUACAUGACGCUCAGCCAUUGGUGGGGCAAAGAGCAACCAUUGAUGCUUGAAAAGCAUAACAUCUUAUUUCUGGAGAAUAUUGUCCAGAUCGAGCAGCUGCCCGGAACGUACGCUGAUGCUGUGGUAAUCACAUUGCAGAUGGGAUGUCAAUACCUUUGGAUUGAUUCCUUGUGCAUAGUGCAAGAUUCGCCGGAAGACCGACAGACGGCCGUUGCGGAGAUGAGCCAUGUAUACCGUUUCUCAACCUGCAACAUUGCUGCCUUGGAUGCCUGUGACUCCACGGAAGGCUGCUUUUCGACGGUACGAGUUCCACAUGUUUCUGGAUGUGCAAACGAGGUGGAUGGUCGAAUGUAUUACGCCACUUGCGACUCGAUCGGAUAUUGCCGAUCGUGUGCUGAUCGAUGCCCACUAUACAGGCGAGGAUGGGUGCUUCAGGAGAGGCUUCUGGCGCCACGCACGAUUGGCUACCAUUCAUUCGGAUUGACCUGGGAAUGUUUGCACGAACACGAGAUUGAACGCGGAUCCGGAUUUGAUGUUGUUAUUGACACCUUCAAGAAUGCUCUGCAUCAGAGUCAAGGCCCCAAGCAGAAUGCUAUCCUAAAGAUGGGCUCGAAGUACGAUUUCCAAUGUCAUUGCUCGACUUUUGUGAUGAAUUUCCCCUGCUUGGACAUUUAUGGCAUGCAAUCCUGUGGACAUAUACAUGUUCGCACCUCACCUUCAAGUCAGACAGGUGGGUAGCUAUCUCUGGCGUGGCUCGAGCCAUCCAGUCCCAUACAGGAUCCUCCCUCCUUGCUGGAAUGUGGAGGGAGACGAUGCUCUUCGAACUGGCCUGGGUAUCUUUUCCAGCUCGCCUUGGUGAAAACCUGAGUAUCGGCAAUUCGUUCCCAUCUUGGUCGUGGGUAUCAGUGAACACACCCGUGUGGUUCCCUUAUCGCAGCAACGAUACGGAAAUAGUCUACUCGAUAAUGUCAUUACCAGAAGUGCCUG